CCGGGCGGGAGUGAGACGGCUGAGUCUAUAUAAGAUGCAGCAGCGGCGCUCCGAGCUCAGUUGCGUGAUUGUUGUGUGUGUGUGCAAGUGCAGAAUGUUCACGUCCAGGUACAACAGUGAGCUGCGCACCUGGAGCGGCCGCCACCUGGCGCCCUUCCAUCACGAGAGCGUCUCGCUGGGGCGCGCGCUCUACUACGCGCUGUCCUACAGCCGCAAUCGCGUGGCCCAGAUCAGCGACGACUCCGGCUUGCGGGUCACGGACGGCGAGCUGUGCGACCAGAUGCUCGCCAUCGCCGGCAACCUGCGUGCCCGCGGCGCCACACGUCAGCAGCUGAUUGCCGUGGUGGCGAAGAACAGUCACCUGAUCGCGCCCACAGUCUUCGCCGCGUUCUACCUCGCCAUUCCCGUGAACACACUCGAUCCCAACUACUCAGUCGACGAGAUCGUGCACAUGUUCGCACAGACGCGGCCCAGCAUCGUUUUCUGCGAUCACGACAAUCACGCCACCGUGCAGAAAGCCGUGAUCAAGAUGGCCAGCGGCGCCAGGAUCAUCACUUUCGGCCCCAGAAUCGCCGGAGUGGACAACAUUGAGGAUUAUGUUGUGCAGAACAACAAAGAGGAUCCAGCAAACAUAGAGGAUGUCGACGCAGAGACCUGCGCCCUGAUCCUCUGCUCGUCCGGAACGACGGGCAUGUCGAAGGGCGUGAGCCUGACGCACCAGCAUCUGCUGUAUCUCUUCUCCUACCAAGUCCUGUUCGACUUCCAUGACGACGCCAGGAUGCUGUGCUUCAGCUCACUGUACUGGCUCUCGGGCAUCGCGCACCUCCUGCUCACGACCUUCCUGGGAAUCACGCGCAUCAUCACGCCGGCCACGUUCAGUGUCGACCUCUUCCUGAACAUCAUCGAGAAGUACCAAGCGACGCACGUGCUCUCCACGCCAGUGCAGCUCGCGGGCGUGCUGGAGAGCCCACGCCUCACGCGCACGACGCUGGCGUCCGUGCGUGAGUACAUUGUGGGCGGUAGCGUCGUGCCGAAGGACAAGUGGGAGCGCAUCCAGACCUUUGUGCCCAACGGCUUCGUCCUGAUCGUCUACGGCAUGAGCGAAGUGGGAUUCGCCACGCGGCAGGUGUACAGGACCAACAAGUAUUGCGUCGGGAAGCUGGCGCCGGAUCUGCAGCUGAGAAUCGUGGACGAGAACGGUCAGAAUUGUCUGCCAGGCGAAACGGGCGAGAUCUGCUUCAAGCCCAGGUUCAGAUUCUUGGGCUACUACGGCAAUGCCGCGGCCACGCGCGAUAUGAUCGACGACGCCGGCUGGGUGCACACGGGCGACAUCGGGCGCAUGGACGAGGACGGGGAUCUGCACAUCGUGGACCGCCAGAAAGAGAUCCUCAAGUACUGCAACCACCACGUGUCGCCCUCCGAGGUCGAGCAGGUGAUCUUUGGUCACGCAGAGGUGGCGUACGCGUGCGUCGUGGGCAUCCCCGAUCCCGUCUGCAGCGAUCUGCCGGCGGCCGUGGUGGUGCGCAAGGAGGGCGCCGUCGUAACGGAGGAGGACAUCGCGCGCCUCGUGGCGUCGCGACUAUCUGAUCCGAAACACCUGCGCGGCGGCGUGUACUUCGUCGACAGCCUGCCACUCACGCCGUCCGGCAAGGUGAUCAAGGGGAGGGUGAAGCAGAUGGCACUGGAGCUCUUCCGGGCGCGACAUCACUGAUCCGCCGCCUUGCGUUUCACGCCACUCGCGCCGGCGGGCCUCUUAUCGUUCGCAUCCCACAGGCUGCCGCGCACGAAUCUCCCCGCCACGCCCACGUUCACGCGCGGCAUCAGCGUCUUCUUGUCGUGAAUCUGCUUCUGGCGCACCAUCGCCUCACGCACGCGCGCCAGCUCGUGCUUCACGGUGUGCUGGAAGUCAAGAAUACAUGCUUUAAGUUUCACUUGAAAUGUCUUUGGCUAUUAUUUUAUUUUAACUGUGGUGAAUAAAUGAGAAAAACUUUCCAA